UCCCGUUGUGAGUGUGAGAAACAUCGCACUCGCUCCCAUGCCCUAAAAGCAAAGAGAAAUACAAAAAAAAGGACAAGCGAACAACUCAUCCUCUUUGCGAUUUUAGAUUUUAAAGAAAAGAGAGUAAUCGAGAUCGAAGAAGAAGAAGAGUUGGAAUGGGAUCGGGAUCGGGAUCUUUCCUCAAGGUUUUGGUCCAAAAUUUCGACGUUCUCGCUGGGCCAUUGGUCACACUUGCUUAUCCACUGUAUGCUUCAAUCAAGGCUAUAGAAACAAAAUCUUCUGUGGAUGAUCAGCAAUGGCUCACUUAUUGGGUGCUCUACUCAUUUAUUACACUGUUCGAGCUCACUUUUGCGCCAGUAAUCGAAUGGCUUCCGUUUUGGUCUUACAUGAAGCUGUUCUUCAAUUGCUGGUUGGUCUUACCCCACUUUAACGGCGCUGCAUACGUUUAUCAGCACUAUGUGAGGCCGCUGCUUGUGAACCAGCAAACCGUAAACAUCUGGUACGUUCCAAGUAAGAAAGACAUUUUCAGUAAACCUGAGGACAUAUUAUCAGCUGCGAAGAAAUAUAUCGAAGAAAAUGGACCGGAGGCGAUUGAGAAGCUCAUAAGCAAGACCGGAGUUCGAUUAAACUCUAAGGGAAGGAGACGCUCGAUCUUGGAAGAGGUCGAGGCUGAGCAGAAAGCAAAGGCAGAAAAAGAGUCGGAAACCUCGAACGGAAAUUAUUCGAUCUUUGAUGAGGGCUACCGAUACUGAUACCAAACCAAACUUCUCUCUCUUGGGAGAUCGAAGUCUUUGUUCGCUGUUUGUUAAUAUGUUUAGUUCCCGUUCAGUUCUUAUCCUACGAUGACGAAGAGCACCGAGGACCAGUUCAAUUGGAGUACUUGAGAGAGUUCUCUUACUAGAGGAUUGUUCGUUGCGUUUGUAGUGAGAUGCAUGAUAGUCGUGACGCAUGAUGUCUGCAUGUGACGGUCUUGUUCAUCUUUUACUUUUAUUGGUAUCGGCAGUUUCGUGUACUUUUCAAGUGGCUUUCUGAAAUGGUAUUCUGAAUUUCUUGUUAGAAAA